UGUUCAGGAUCCGAGUCUCCUUAAAGCUAGGCUUAGGUCUAGGCCAAGACAUGUGUCCCAGGAUAUCACUGACCACACUGGACUUCAAUACUUGUCUUUCCAGUUGGACCAGGAACAUCUUGAGGGUAGAUAAUGGCUGUGCUGAUGGUACCCUCUGUGCAGACCAGGCCUGGCAAGGAGCCACCAGUGCCACUGGCUCGCCUCCAUCAAUUCCAGGACAGCAGGGCUCCAGACACCCACGCGCUCCGCGUGGCCCACCCACACUUCGCCCUGGAGGCCUUCAAGUCCCUGGUCGCGAGCCACGCGAGCCACCUAUGGGAGGAGCUGCGGCAGUUCUGGGCCGACCACUUCUCGCGCCGCUUCUCGCCGCGGAGGCCGCCGCUGCGCCACUUCUCAUCCAUGUCCACCUUCUACCUGCUGGACCACCGCACGCGCCAGGCCGAGCUGGGGCUGAACUACGGCGCGCCGCGCACCCGGCUGAGCAACGAGGAAUUCGUGUUCCGCGGCGGCCGCUGGACCGCGGAGGAGGAGUGUCACUCACGCCCGCGGUCGCCGCCGCCCUCGUCCACCGGCCCGGCCUGGGAGCCACAGGUGCAGCCGAUCAAGAGCCAGGUGCUGCUGGAGGAGAACAACUACCUGAAGCUGCAGCAAGAACUGCUCAUGGACAUGCUGACCGAGACCACCGCGCGCCUGCGCCUGCUGGAAAAGAAGGGGGACGCGGAUGUAGAUCCCGAGGUCGCGGCGCGCGCCUGGCAGAGGAAGAUGCGCAAGCACGGGGGCGCGGGCGUGCUUAUGAUCCCGGCGCGCGCUCUGGAGUCGCGGUGACGCAAUAAAGCCAUGCAGAAAGC